AUGGGCGAGUCCAAAGAUUGCGAUUCUCUGCUAUCGAAGGGGUCAACACGCUAUUUUGAGUUCCCUUUUCACUGUGAUGACGUUAGAUUAAAAGACACAAAAUCGAGUCUCGAAUCGGGAAUAAGGUUGUCGUUGGCCCACUACCAAGAAGCACACGAGUGUUUUGUGAACGAAGAGUAUUAUCGAGCGCUGUGGCGCCAGCGAGAAGCAGAAUCGGCUGCUGAGGAAGAGGUGUUGGAAGUAGAUCGUGAAUCAUUAAGUGAAAAUCAUUUGGUGGGGUCACCUGGAAAUAAGCCAGUGAUUCGCUUUUUCACCCAGAACGAACCGGGAGUCAUAGCAAGAAGAGUGAGAGAUGCACUUGUAUCUUAUUCGGGAAAGAAUGAGCCAGCUGUGGAUGCAGAGGUGGAAAACUAUGUCAUCAAUUGCGUAGCCCAAAGAGAACCCAGGAGUCACAAAUGGGACGACGAUGACCUUGUGGCUUACGUGGGCGAGUUGGUGACGGAAAAGUACUUUGAUGACCACAUCGAUGAUUUUGUUGAUGGGGUAACGUCGCACAUGUACUUUAACGUGAUGCUGUAUGAACCACUGAUGCAAAAACAAAUCGAAUGCCCCAAUUUCUAUGCCAAAUACAUUCUGGUAUGGAAGUACGAUGGUGAUUUCCAUACCAUGUAUGACUCGCAAUGCUUUAUCGAUGACUAUUUUUCACGUCUGCAUGUUAUGUCUGGUGACUGCUGGGGCAGUAUGCGAGAAUUGCUUCAGAAAAAUGGCGUGUUGAUGAAUGUCGACAAGUUCCGUCAUUACUUUCGCCGAAGCCAAACUCGAGGCGAGCACAUCGAAGUGGACGAAACCAGUAUAUAUCUGUCCCACGAAGAUUCUGCUGCCAUCAUGGACUACUCACCAUCAUACGAAACUUCCAGCGAGAGCUCAGUGCCUCGGUCUGUAAAGGCUGUGCACUUUGAACCCGCGCCAAGAUUGCUUCAUAUAAAUCAGCAAGAAGCACCGGCUUAUGUAUAUUUAGAUGCCGUCGAAUAG